AUGGGCGGCGGAUCGAACUGGUCUUUUCCGCGCGGCGCGGGGAUGAUGGGGGGCCUCGUGGUCCUCUGCGCCGUGAUUAUUCCGCUUCUUCCGCUUAUUCCGCGCGUGCGCGCAGUGCCCAUGAGCGCAAGCACAAGCUGGGUGGUCUCUCCCCAGUGCCUCCCCUUGCCCCUGUCUCCCCUUCCCCGUGCCUCCCCUUCCCCCUGCCUCUCCUUCCCCGUGUCCCCCCUUCCCCGUGCCUCCCCUUCCCCCUGCCUCCCCUGCCUCCCUUCCCCCUGCCUCCCCUUUCCCCCACCUCCACCUAUCUUCCUGCCUCCCCUUCCCCCUGCCUCCCCUUGCCCCUGCCUCCCCUUCCCCCUGCCUCCCUUCCCCCUGCCUCCCUUCCCCCUGCCUCCCCUUUCCCCCACCUCCCCCUUCUUCCUGCCUCACCUUCCCCCUGCCUCCCCUGUAUCCCUGCCUCCCCAUUCCCCCUGCCUCCUCCACCCAUUUAGACCUCCUCCCUCGCACCACUCCGCAUCCCCUCAACCUUUCACCCCCCACCUCCUCGUGUUCCCCCUCUCUCCUCCCCCCCCCCCCCCCCCCUCUUCUACAGCAUGGCAUGCCCCCUCACCAGCCAUCCAUCCCCAUCCCCCCCCCCGUCUGGUGCCCUCUUCCCCAUGCUUUCCCCCACCACCUGGUCCCUCCUCUCCCCAUCCCCACCUCCUCGUGUCGCCCCACCAGUCGACACCGUCGCUCCGCGUCACCCUCACCACCCAUCCACCCUUCUCCCCACUGCGUUCCCUGACCCCCACCUCCUCUUCUUACUCCCCAUCCCCUCCCGUCUCCACCAGUCGACACUCUUUUGAUUAUCAAGCCAUCGCUCGGCGUCCCCCUCACCACGUGGGCAGUGGGCAGCACGGCUUUCGACACUCUUCUUAUUAUCAAGUCAUCGCUCGGCGUCACUCUUACCACGUGGGCAGCAGGCAACACGGCAUGCACCGUCACCAGCCAGACACAGCAAGCGGGGGAGUGGACGGGCGUGAUCUGCUCAACCACGGGGGAUGUGCGCCAGAUGUGCGUUUGUACGCGGCAAGCAGGGGAGUGGAUGGGCCGGGUUACGGAGGGCUGGGCACGAACCUGUUCGUGCAACGUAUGGCAGCAUUCACAUCCACCCUUCUGCCGCUCACCGCCCUUGUUGACCUGUGCGUGCUGCUCUCGUGUGCUGCUCAUGUGAUGCUGAUGCAUAUUCACCAGAACUGGCUGUAUGGCACCAUACCCACAGCCCUCAUUGCCCUUCCCAACCUCUACUGGAUGAACCUACCUACCCAUCCUCCGCCUCCCUUCUCUAAUGCAUCAACUUGUAACACAACUUCCUCCCAAAGCCCUUCUGUUCUGCUCCUUCUUCCGCUCUCCCCGCUUCCCUCCCACCCUCUCCUCUCCACUACCCCACCCUCUCAGGCCCCUUCCCUCCUUCUCUCCCCCAUCCCACUCUGCCCUCCCUCCCUCCCUCCCUCCCUCCCUCCCUCCCUCCCUCCCUCCCUCCCUCCCUCCCUCCCUCUCUCCCACUGCAGCAAAUUCUUCCGCAACUACCUCACCGGAACCUUCCCAGCCCCCGGCCCGGCCCUAAAGAACAUCGACCUGCAACACAACUUCCUCUUUGGCUCCUUCCCUUCUCACUCCGCCACCUACUGCACCGCCACCAGCAACUGCUUCUCGCAGGCCUCCAACUGCAACACCACCGCCACCACCCAGCGCACCCCCGCUGCCUGCUCCAUCUGUAACGUAACCAUGGCGGCGGAUGCAGCAGGCGCAGGGUGGGUGGUGCCUGCAGCGGGGUCCUCCCAGGUGCUAUGUGGGGGAGGCUCAUGUGCUCCAAACGCCUCAGCCCCUUUUAGCAAUCGCACGCCAUAUACCUCCUCGUCUCCGCUGCUCCCGAUGUUCUGUGCUCUUAUCGGCAUGGCCUCGGGAUCAUCUCAAGCCAUGCUUGCUCUGAAGUCUUCCCUCGGAGUGACUCUCUCGUCUUGGGCCUCCGUUCCUACUGCUACCGUUAUGGGGGUUGUUUCAACGUCUGCCUCCUUCCCCACCGCCUCCUCGCCUUCCCUGGUGUAUAUCUGCCCGGUGGCUGGGGCCUUGGCGGCUCCCAUGCCUGCGUCUGCUGCUGCUAGUGCAUGGAAGGGCGUGGAGUGUAAUUCAGCUGGCGCAGUUGUGAAGAUGGACCUGGGUUACAACCUCUUUCAGGCGCGUCUCCUCACAUUCGUCUCGGCCCUCACUACCUUGUCGUCCCUCAAAGACCUGUUCCUUCACUAUAACUGGUUCGUCGGCUUUAUCCCAUCGUCACUCUUCGCCCUACCGUCACUCACAGGCCUAGGUCUCUUCGCCAACUACCUCACGGGCACCAUCCCUCCCAUCCCCUCAUCCCUCCUGGGACUAGACGUUGCUUACAACUUCCUCUCCGGCUCCCUCCCUCCACACUCCCUCAAAUUCUGUGCCGCCGAAAACAACUGCUUCUCCUCCUCCCCCUCCUCCUCGUGCAAUUUCUACGGAACGAAGCAGAGGGCAGCAGCAGAGUGUGCGGUGUGUGGGAUGGGUGAUGCUGCAGCUGGGAGCGUGUGCUGGGAUGGUGUGUGCUCAGCAGACGCUGCAGCAGCUGCCUCUCAGGGCAUUCCCAACGGGCCCACGCGGCCCACUCUUGCCAUGACCUGCGUUGGCUCAACUCUCGUUUCCAUCCGCUCCUCCUCCUCAUCUGCUCUCCUCGCCCUCAAGUCAACGCUGGGAGUGACCCACACAACAUGGGUUUCAAGCCUGCCCUGUGCCAUAGACGGCACCAACCCGUGGCCGGGCCAGACAUGGACGGGUGUGCGCUGCGAAGCCACUGGGAACAUUACCUUCUUGGACUUGAGCUAUCAGCAGCUGAAAGGGUCCCUCCAUUCAGACAUCAGCAAACUCACUACUCUCACUCACCUGAGCCUCCAUGCCAACCUCUUCUGGACGCCACUCAGGAGCAUAGUCUCCCUCCUCUCCACCCUCACCAACCUGAAGACGCUUCAGCUACAGUACAACUGGCUCUACGGCUCCAUGCCAGCUGCCCUGCUGGCGCUGCCUCGACUCACUAGGCUGUCUGCUGUCAGCACUGGUGCUGCUGCGCCGCUGUCCAGCCGGUUCCUGGGAUCGCGAGUUCCCACAAAGGCUGUUAAGGCCGUGCAGGUGAAGGGGAACUGGAAGGCUGGUGCUGCGCGCGCCACUGCCACUGCCGAUCCUUCAACAUCCACCUAUGUCGUGCCGGAUCUUGAUCGCGAUGACGCGCUGAUGCUGUACGAGGACAUGGUGCUGGGACGCACCUUCGAGGACAUGUGCGCUCAGAUGUAUUACCGCGGGAAGAUGUUUGGCUUCGUUCACCUGUACAACGGUCAAGAGGCCGUCUCUUCCGGCAUCAUCAAAUACCUGCGAAAGGACGACUACGUUACCAGCACAUACCGUGACCACGUGCACGCGCUGAGCAAGGGCGUGUCCGCACGCCAGGUGAUGGCGGAGCUGUACGGCAAGACGACGGGGUGCUGUCGCGGGCAGGGCGGCUCCAUGCACAUGUUCUCCAAGGAGCAGGGCGUGCUCGGCGGCUUCGCCUUCAUCGGCGAGGGUAUCCCCGUCGCCGUCGGCGCCGCGUUCGCCGUGAAAUACAACAAGGAGGUGCUCAAGCAAGACGCGGACCAGGUCUCAGUGGCGUUCUUCGGCGACGGCACGUGCAACAACGGCUCCUUCUUCGAGUGCCUCAACAUGGCCGCGCUCUGGAAGCUUCCGGUGAUCUUCGUGGUGGAGAACAACCUGUGGGCCAUCGGCAUGAGCCACCUGCGCUCCACGUCGGACCCCGCCAUCUGGAAGAAGGGCCCCGCGUUCGGCAUGCCCGGAGUCCACGUGGACGGCAUGGAUGUGCUCAAGGUGCGCGAGGUGGCGCUGGAGGCCAUUGAUCGCGCCAGGCGGGGCGACGGCCCGACUCUCAUCGAGUGCGAGACGUACCGCUUCCGCGGUCACUCCCUGGCCGACCCCGAUGAGCUUCGCUCCCCUGAGGAGAAGGCCAAGUACGCGGCGCGCGACCCCAUCAUCGCUCUGAAGAAGCACAUCCUGGAGUCGGGGCUCGCCUCCGAGGCCGACCUCAAGGCGAUUGAGAAGAAGAUUGAUGACGUUGUGGAGGAUGCUGUUGAGUUUGCUGAUGAGAGCCCGUUGCCGGAGCGCCAUCAGCUGCUGGAGAAUGUGUUUGCUGACCCCAGGGGCUUCGGAAUCGGAAUUGACGGCACCUACAAGUGCGAGAACCCAGACUUCACUGCCGGCACCGCGCAGGUGUAA